UUUUACUUGCUAAUGGCAAAAAACAGACUGUGAAGACGACACCUAUGAUGCCGUUGAAACAGAUUGUCACCGUUGUUUGUGAAAAGCAAGGAUACAAGGACACAGAGAGUUAUGGGCUAAAGUUAAACAAAACGACACUCGAUCUAGGACUUUCUGUAAGAUAUGCAAAUCUCGCGCCAGGCGCCAAAUUAGAUUUUAUCAAAGUUUCUGCACCAAAAGUUCAUAAAGAUGUUCAGAUUGCUUUGCAAUUAGACGAUGGUGGAAGAAUGAUUGAUAAAUUUCCAAUAACAACAUCUAUUUGGGAUAUACUACUACAUUUUGAAAAAAAGUCCGAUAAUGGGUCUUUAAACCUUACAAAGCGAACUGCGCCUGCACCCAAAAAAAAGGGAUUUCUAAAAAAAUUGAAUAAAUCAAAUGAUAUACAAUUUUAUAUACAACCCGUGUGUUUAAUAUUAAAUCAAGAGUAUGGAACCAUAUCGUCAUUGAAAUCCACAACUUUACAAUCUGCUGGAAUCACAUCAGGAAAUGCUGUAUUACGUCUUCUAUUUAGACAAACUGAAUCGACACUAGAUGAUGUUCUAAAGGAUAUUGAAACUCCUCUUCAAACUUCUGAAGUUUUAGAGUCAGUUAAUGCACCUAUAGAAAUAACAUCAAAAAAUGUACCUGCCAAGACUCUUGAUGAACAAUCGAAGGCGCAAACUGACACUAUACCCGUACUUGAUAAACAACCAAAGGAGCCGACUAAUACUGUGAAUGUUCCUGAUGAACAACCGAAGAAACAGAUUGUUACUGUGAAUACUCCUGACGAACAGUCGGAUAUGCAAAUUGAUACUGUAAAUACUGUGGAUAAAGUUGAUGAACAACCGAAGAAACAGAUUGAUACUGUUAAUACUCCUGACGAACAGUCGGAUAUGCAAAUUGAUACUGUAAAUACUGUGGAUAAAAUUUAUGAACAAUCUGAGAUGCAGGUUGAUACCCAAAAUGAUGAUUCUGUAACAAAAAUAGAAUCUAUUUCGAAUAUAUCAUCAUCUGAUAUACAAAUGGAGGACACAAAUAAUACAACAAAAUUGGAUCAUACCGUUGAAGAGGAAGAAUCACAUGACAUACAACUAAUAAAAAAUAAUGUGCCAGAAACGACUCAACCAUCAAUUUCAUCAGUUACUCAGGAAAACAUUGAUCAGGAAGAUUAUGUUAUUACAGAUAAAGGACAUUUUGAUCGUGAUAUAAAAGUAUUUAACCCACCACCAGAAAAUGCUUUGAUGUCAAAUACAACAAAACAAACCAUGAAACAUAAAAUGGCAGAGAAUGCAGGGUUUAAGACUAGUGCUAUACGAGCUAAAGAAGAGAAAGAAAGGGAACGCAAAGUUAAAUUUCCUGAUAGUUUCCAAUUACAAAUUGCCUUUUUAUCUAAGGAACAUGUCACGGAUUUAUAUGAAUUUGUUAAGAAUGCAUUACGAACGCCCGAUCGCGAGUUCGAAUUGUACGUUAGUCCACCGAAAAAGACUCUUUCGGAUAAGGGUCUUACCUUGUAUCAAGCCGGAUUGGCACCUGCUUCAUUAGUAUAUUGUAUUUGGGCAGAUAAAUCAUCUGGAAGUGGUGUUGGUCCAUAUUUGUCUGAUGAAUAUCUAAAACUUAGAGAGGAUAUUCCAAAUCUCACAAUAAAUGAAAGUGUCUCUACAUCAUUUUUUUCGGAUAAUUUAUCAACAAAGAUAAACGAUGUAGUACGUCAACAGCAGAAUGAUUCACCUAAAAGCCGUGGGAAUGACUUACCUAAAAGUCACGAUAGUAAAGAACACGUUGAAAGUUCCAGCAGCAAUAAAUCAAAGUUUCCAAAAUGGUUUAAAAAACCAAAAUAA